GAUUCAAUAUAAAUCAGCCUAAUGUUUGAUCAUGGCGGGCACUGUUUAUGCCGUCGAUAAUUAGAAGUGAUUGAAAGUGAUAAGAAAUCAUUGAAGAAGCACGGAGAAACAUUUUUAGCGUUUUGCAACGCUUUUGAGCGAUACCUGUAAAGAGGCAAAAUGUCGACGGACUUUUACAUACGCUAUUACGUCGGCCACAAGGGAAAAUUUGGCCAUGAAUUUCUCGAGUUCGAAUUCCGACCGGACGGUAAACUUCGCUACGCGAACAAUUCCAACUACAAGAAUGACACGAUGAUCCGCAAAGAGGCGUACGUACAUCAAUGCGUAAUGGAGGAGUUGAAGCGCAUUAUCCAAGACUCCGAGAUCAUGCAGGAGGACGACUCGCUAUGGCCGCAACCCGACCGCGUCGGCCGGCAGGAGCUGGAGAUCGUAAUCGGCGAUGAGCAUAUUUCGUUCACCACUUCGAAGACCGGCUCUCUCUUGGACGUUAACCAGUCGCGAGACCCGGAGGGAUUGCGAUGUUUCUAUUAUCUGGUGCAAGAUCUCAAAUGCUUGGUGUUUUCUCUAAUAGGACUGCACUUCAAGAUCAAGCCUAUAUAAAUCCGAGUUUUGUCAUUCGUUCAUUGAAAUUAUUGUAAUAAUUCUCUCCUAUUGUAAUAAAGUAUGAAGUAUUGGUAUUUA